AAGUCUUAACUAAACCACGAUUGGCCAGUGUAUCUGGUGGGUUUGUGGGAAUUAAGAGUGGCCUCCACAAAAUUGCCUGUUAUAAUUGCUGACAUGAAGGAAAGAGUACUGCGCAGCAUUGCCUUAAAACAGGUCGCCUUCUUAAAUGACUUAUAUUUCACAUGAUUCGGCCUCGAGGACAUACGUGAUCGGACAUGUUUUAAGUACGAAUCACGAGGCUGUUUAGGACGGUGUGGUCUAAACAUUACAGCGAUCUUUUCUUGGUCACUGUACUGGCUAUCGUAAGAUUGGACACCUUCAUGAUCGUAAAAGUUCGAGGAUAAUCUCUCUCCAAAAGAUUCAUACACAAUGAGCGAGCUUACGAAUAACAAAACCGAAAUUGGACAGGAAAAUGUUUAUAACGAGAUGGAAUACAAAGGAGAAAACGAAGAUGGAACCUAUGAAAAAGUUAUUGUUAAAAAUGAAAGUCCCCAAGAACGACUAAGAGAGAGAGCACAACGGUAUAAAGAUUCAGGAGAAGUAAAAUCGCGCUACUUCCCUUUUGUUGUGACUGCCAUUGCUAUUGCUUCCCUCUUGACAGCCGCUGCCACCAUGGUUUUAGCCUUUGCAAUGACCAAUUCACGAAGCGAUGUUUCGACAACUAGAGAGUCUUGUUGCGAAAUGACAGAAAUUAACAAAAAUCUACAAGAGUUGAAAAAUAACUUCUCGGCUCCUAGAGAAUCCUCGGUCUCAAAGAAGUUAAGGGAAUUGGACGCUGCAUUAGCUAACAUGAAAAAGGAGUUGGAAAUUAUGAAAAAAAAAGUAAAGAACGUUAGUAAGAUGCCUGGUCCUAUCGGACCUCCGGGCUACAACGGAAGUGAAGGACCUGCAAGUCGUAGUGGAUCAUCAGACUUCAGUCAAUGUCAGUUUGAAAUAAAAAGUGCAUCUAUGAUCCCUGGUAGCAAUAGAAUACUUGUACAUAUCGAUGAACCAUCAAAUAAAAGAAUAAUGGCAGUAACAUGCUCAACGGAUUACGGCACUGAGUAUAACCUUAUGUCGAGGACACAAGGUGGCGUCCGGAGAUACGUUUGCACCUGUAAUGGAAAAUCCACACUUUUCAGUGGAGGAACUAGUUGCUACCUAAACUAUUGGAUUUGCCCCUUAACAACGUAA